CCUCUCUUUGGUUGGCGCGACUGACGCGCGACCGUUUUAGACCAACCGUCUUCAACGGUUUCAUGAGAGCGUUUUAUUAAACUAACCACAUCAGAAGCCUGUAUUUUUAUUAAUUGAUUCUAUAACAACUAGUUGUACGCGACAGAGGAGGACUGCAUGACAACUAGCAAUUGCACCAGUUAAGGAAAACGUGUAAAGCUUGAAAUGUAACGAGUGGCAGGCUGAAUGAGCAGUUGACGAAUAUUUUGCUUCACAUACACACCCUUCAUGCACGUUAACCCUCGAAAUUUGUCGAGAUGAGCACGUCACAGGAUGAGGACGAGCGUAAGAAACGUUCGCUGGAGUCUGGCAAAGAAAUGUUGGAGAGAUACAAGGCAAAGAGAUAUAAAGACAAAGAUAAAAGCAUGAGCAUGGAACAGUCUGACGAUGAGUCUUUGCACAACGAGAAAUCCCUGCUGCUUAAAGAAUCCGAAAUAAAUGAAGGUACAUCAUCACGAGAUAUAACGUACAGUAGCGUUAGUAUAAGCGAAGGAGAAGCUGAUGCAGAUUUAGAAGGAUUAGCAGGACGAGUCGCAGAAUUAGAAGAAUUAUUGGAAGGAAAAGAGGCAGCAGUUGAGGCUUUAAAUGAAGAAAUUGAUCAUUUACGAGCAGAAGCUUCUUCACCAAAUUCAUCGCAGAGUCAAAGCAGCAGUAUUCAUGGAAGAGAUAUUAUAUCUUUAUAUCAUAUAAAAUUGCAAGAAUUUGAAAAAGCAGUGAAUCAGCGUGACAAUCUAAUAGAACAUUUAACAUCGUCUUUAGAGCAGGCGUUAUCUGCCAGAGAUACUGUCACAGCACAGCUUAAUGCCUUGAAUUCCAUGCAGUUAACCAAUCCUAUGGUGGAUAAUAUAAACUUGCAACAAAAGAUUGAUGUCUUAGAAAAAACAAUGAACGAUCAAGAAGCAUUAAUUCGUCGAUUGAACGCGCAAUUGACGGACAUUCAUGAACAUGUACAAACGUUGGAAAUGGAAAGAGAAACACGAAAUGCAGAAAUUAACGAUUAUAAAGCGCAAAUAAAUAAUUUAAAUGAGCAAAUUCGUCUUGGCGCUGCGGGAAAGAAUAUAAACAUUGACGAAACUUUAGAGCAACAGAAACAGUACGAGGCACGCGUGGAUAAAAUCAAACAAGAUAUGCAGCAUAUUUUGAAUAAAUUUACUACCGCCACAAACGCUAAUGCAGUACGUCAUCAGCAGGAACUCAAGGAUCUGACUACCAAAAAUGAAGCCGAGAUUGCUCAUAUAAAAGGCAAACACGAAGAAUUUAUAAAGAUACUAAAAGACGAAAAUAAAACGUUGGCCGAUCGUUUAAAUAAAGAGCUGCCGGACUUGGAAAGCAGACAUGCCAAGGAAUUGUCUGUUUUUCAAACGCAGUUGGCUCACUAUAAGAAAACUGUCGAGGCAUUGAAACUUGAAUUAGUUAAUCGUGCGGAAUCGCAAAAGAUUGCUCAAUCAGAAACCAAUCUAUAUAAAUCUAAACUCGAGGAACUGAAAUUUGAAGCGGAAAACGAAUGUCGUCGGCAAAAUUUAGAUUUCCAAAAGGAGAAGCAGCUGCUGAAUGAGCAAAUAAAAUUACACAAAAUUCAACUGGAGGAGAUUACAUCGAAACACAUCGCGACGAUGAGCAUCUUGGAAUCUAAGGAAAGCAUUGAACGAUCGCUGGAACAAGCUCUGACGAACGCAGCCACGUUGAAACAAGAAAAUGACACGCUGAAAUUCAAGCUGGACGACCUGUCGUGUAGAUAUUCCAUGGUACAGUCGGCGGUUGAGAACAGUCAGGCGCAUGAGAGGACUACGAGCGGUAGAAUAUUUGAUUUGGAGAGAUCUUUAUCACGAUUUGACGCCACGAGCGUCAGCACAAAUAGCGAACUGUGCGAAACCAUGUACAAAACUUUAGACGAAGAAGCCAUUCAGUAUCAGCUGAUGCGACGAAAUCUCGAAGAGAAGACGGAAAUGGAAAAACUGCUGACCAACAAGAUUCGCACACUUGAAGAGUGUCUGCUCGAAGCAAACGAUGAGCUAGAACAAGCCGAUCUCGCGAAGAAAGCUUACGAGAAGCAGUUGAAGGACAUAAAAAACACAAGCGAUAAGCUACAACAAGAAGUCAAUUCGUUGAAAGAGUCUAGUCGUGUGAUGCCUUGUGAUACCUCGAAGGAGGAAUGUUUGGGAAGCGCUGCGAUGAAUAUUGAGGGCGAUUCGAUGCGGCGAAUAGAGGAUCAGCAAAGAGAAAUCGAGAGUUUGAAGCUGCUACUAGAGCAAAGAGAGACGGAGAAUGCCAGUUGCAAGAAGAAUUUGGCUGAAAUAAUGGAUAAAACGAAGAAAUUGGAAGCACAGUGUGAUCAAUUGAAAGAUGGUUUGGCUAAUGCGUGGGCACAAUGUGCAGAGUUUGAGGAGAGAUUAAAUCAGACUAUGAAUGAUAGUAAUAAAGUCAAUGCCUCUAUGAACAGCACAUCUUCGUCCAAACAACUCGGAACAAAAGAAAGCUUGAACAAUAGUCAGAGCGCAGCGGAUCAGGACGAUGGUUGCCUAAAAAACGACCAUCAGAACCUAUACAAAGAACUACAGCAAAUUCUGGAAGGCGAGUCGAGUUUAGAUGAAAUGAAGUUAAAAUUAUGUCGUUAUUACAGCGUGUGCGAGAAAAUAAUCGAAGAAAAAGCACAGUUCUUGUUGGAGAGUGCUUCACGAAAGUCGCAGGAUGGCGAAGAUCCUUUACAAAAGUCUUUGAAUAACUUGUGCAUGGAGAAGAAAUUGUUGACCCAAGAAAUCGAGGACGCGAUGAAUCGACGUAAAGAAGAACUGGAAGCUAUCAAAGCUGAUUCUGCCAAAGAGAUCAAUAGAUUGCGUUUGUUGCUGCAGAAUCUCAAGGACGGUAGUGCAAGUAUGAACGAUUUGAGAGCCGAGCUAGAAGCACGCCAUGCCAAGGAAAUGGAAGAACUGAGAACAUACUUCGAGCGGAAAUGCUUGCAGAUGGAGAAGCAGUAUUCCGAGGAAGUAUUCAGCCAGCAAUCCAAACGAAUCUCCGACAACGAUAGCGAAACUGAAGAACUGACCGACGAUUUGUACUUCGGCGGCGCAGGAGAUUGUUUAAAUGUGUCUAAUUCACGAGCGGCAACUCCUGGUACCAUCGAGGAAUCCUUGAGAAUUCGUCUUCUGGACGCCGAAAACCAAACACGAAUCGAGACAGAAUACGAAAACAAUAUGAAAGCCUUGCGACAGGAAUUGGAACACAAAGCCAAUGAAAUUCAAAGUAUCAGGACAGCCUAUGAGAAAGUGAUCGAGGAACAGAAAGAAUUAUUCGAAUGUCAAAUUCGUGAUAUUGAAGCAAAACAUGAACGUUCAUCCACUGGUCCCGUCAUGCACGAGUAUUGUCAGACAGAAUGGGAAGCAUUGGAGAAUGGUGAAUUAUCAAAUUUGCGUGCUGCGUAUAAUCAUCAGUUGCAAGAACAGAUUGAGCUAGCUAGACAGGAUAUUGUCAACGGUCUGCUAGAACAAUUUGAGACUUUAUUAUCGGUGGAAGAAGACAAGGAAGAUGAUUGGCCACCAGAAUUAUUGGAAUUGCGAGAUAAAUUUACUCGUAAUGCCAAACAUGAAAUUCAGGAAUUGAAGAAAACACAUAGCAUGGAAUUGUCACGACUGAAAAAUGAGCACGAUUCCGUCAUAGCGAGAAUGCUGGAACGUCAAAAAGAAAUUAAUCUUCUUAAGACGCAGAAUGCUGAUAAAAUACAAGAAACUAUUUAUGUCGGAUCUUCAGAAAACAGCAUUACAGAAGAAAGGGAUAACUUACGGAAAACAUGUGCAACUCUUCAAAAUUUAAUUGGAGAAUUAAUCAAAUACUUUGUCGUUUGUGAAGAGGAAGUUAACAAUACUCUUAUUAGCGAGGUUCUGAAAAAACAAUUACCAGACUCUGUCUUUACUGGUGAAGAAAACUUGAGCAAAGAUAAUAACAUUCCUGUAUCCGAAGCACGAUGCAAGGAUAUAUCCAAUCAAUCGAUUAAAAGAGUCCAUUUCGCUCCACAGUUCAGCAAAAUAACUUCUAUUGUUAACAGCGAUAACAAGACACUACAAGGUUUGAUCGACGAAGAUAUAGAUGAGAAAUUAAAAAAAGAGUUGAAGACUUGUUUGCGUCGUUUAAAAUCUGACAGUACAGAAAUUCUUAAUUUUUCACUACUAUGUGACAAAGACAAAAUCGCAUCACUGCCAAAGGAAACCGACUUGACAAAUAAAAUUAACGAAGAGCUAUCUUUGAAAUUAGACCACGCUGAAGACUUGAUAAUGGGUUAUCAAGAAGAAACAGAACAGCUAAAAGUACAUAUCUUAGAAUUACAACGAAAAUUGAUUAGCGCAGAAAGCAAAAAGGAAGUCAUUACAGAAGGAUAUGGUGAAAGUGAUCUUUCUCGAGGCGAUAUUGUAACACAAGAUUUUUCACAGCUGCAAGAAAAAGCUAGACAUGUAUUAUCGAACGGCGGCGGUGACUCGUCUUAUUUAUUGCAAUUAAUAGAAGAACUGUGCCGGCAGAACGAUAAAUUGAUGGAUGACGCUAGAAAGGAGAAAGAAGACUUGCAACAACAGCAGGUGCCUUUAGAACCUACUCCUACCCCAUACAUUCACAGGGUUUGCUGCAAAAAGAUUGAAGCAGCGGAUAAGCAGUUGCGAGCAACGCGUCGAUUUCUGGAUGAGCAAGCGAGUGAACGCGAGAUGGAGCGAGACGAAGCCGCGAAGCAAAUUCGCGUUCUGCAGGAACAACUGAAGGAGCGCGAACGCGAGAAGGAGAGAGAUAUGCGUAUCAGUUCUGAGCAGUCUGAGCUAUCAUCUGAAACUUCAGACGCCACUGAGCUUCAAACGAUUGACGUCAAUGCAACAGUGGAGGCUCUCGAAUCUCAGAUGAGAGAGAUGUCGUCAUUGAUGUCAGACACGGAAGCCAAGAAAUCGGAAAAAGAAAGUGAAUUGAAGGCUGCAAUAGACAAAAUAUGGGUCUUACGAGAAAUCAUUACCGAUUUGGAACAGCAACUACAAGUUAAGAUUGAAAGAGAAGAAUCCUUGCAAGUGCAAAUCGGUCAGCUGGAAACCGUAAUAACAGCGCAAACAAAGAACCAACAAGAGCUAGUUCAGGAGUUGGAUGCUAUCAAAUCUGGCAGCGAAAGCAGGCAACUGAAUGAACAAAUCAGUCAUUUAGAGGAGGAAUUACACAAACAUAAAUUAAGCUCAGAACAUUUUAACGUUAAUUCGUCCGUCCUGAAGCAGAUAAAAGCGGAACUUCACGAGAUGCAAAAUCAAUUAGACAAGAGAAUUCGAGAAUUAGAAUCGGCGCACAUGUGCGGUUCAAAUUUAAGUCUAAGCCAACCAAGCGAAGACGUUUCUAUCAGGGAACAAAUUGAUGCAGCUAGAUGUUUAACUCCAGACGACCCGACUUCACCACCGAUGUUACCUUUAGAUCAAGUGCUCAAAUUAAAAGAUAAGAUGUUGAAACAUGCGCGAGCAGAGGAUGUGGCCUUCAAGAGAAUCAAAGAUCUGGAAAUGCAAUUGACAACGAUAAAAAAUCAAAAUGAGGAAUUAAUAGCGGAACAGGAAAUCUUGCAUCAGACAGCAUCCGAACAAUUGUUCCAAAUCGAAAAGAUGCGCGGUCGCUUGGAGCAACACAAACAAAGUGCUCCAUUUGUCCAAAAACAAGCAACGUCACGUUUAGAAUUACAGUUACAUGAAGCCACCACGAAGUAUCACUCUUUGGAGCAGAUUAUUACCGAUAGAGAAUUAGAGGCGAAAGAGUUGAGAAUUCAGCUCGACAGGGCUAAUCAGUUAUUGGCAGAAAAAGAAAUAGAGAUGGAAAACUUUGUGCAAUCGGAACAUGGUGCGCUGCAGAAACUAAAAGAUCAACUGAAACUCGUUCAGGAGGAGAAGAAGAUGUUGCAGAUACAGCUUGGUACGCAGCAAGAACAUGUCCAAUUGCCGUCACUGAUAGAUACCGUAUUAGCUGACAAAAACGAGGAAAUAGAUCAUCUGAAGGAACAAUUGUCUAAAAAAGACAAACAAUUAGAGGCAUAUUCGUCACUCGCAUUGAACGAUGUACAGUUGAGGGACUUGACGAAACAAGUGGAACCUAAGAACAGUGCGCGUACAUUGAGCGAUAUCAUCUCGAUUCAUUCAGAAUGCGAAGAAUUCUCUGAAGCUAUUCGGGAACCAAACAUAACUCAUGUAUCACACAAUAUGUCCAGUUUCAAAGGGCCCACGUUAUCGAAGAACACGUUAAAUCCUAACAGCGCAAACAGUUUGAAUGCUUUGGAAACACCUUUACUCGAUAAAAUGGACACUCAAGUUCCACCAUUGGAUUUGGAUCUUCAUAGUCCACAUACACAAAGUCCCAGCAACUUUCUUCGCAAUUCAGAGCUAGAAUUGCACCACAUCGAAGAUGAAUCAAAAUUAUCGUCCCCCAAAAACAAUGACAACAGCGAAGAUUCUCAUCAAGCCGAAUUACUCGAUGAAAAGUUGAGAGAGAUCGAAAACUUGUCGAGUCAAUUGCAAGCUAUGCAACGGCUGUUAGAAGAAAAGUCCGAUCGUUUAGUCCAGUAUGAAGCAGACUUGACUAACUUGAACAAACAACAUGAAAAUUUACACGACGAGUACAAGGAAUUGGUCGAGAAUUUGGUGCGAGAUAAGAAUUUCUAUAAAGGUCAAUACGAGCUAACCCAAGCAUCAGAGAAUAAGAUCAAGAAAGAUUUAGAAGAAGUGGAGAAUAUUUUGAAGCUGAAAGUAGAGGAGUUCGAAGAUCAUAAGGAUAGAAUGCAAGUUAACGAGAGAAUUCUCACGGAAUUGAACGCAGAAAAUAUACAGUUGAAGAAAGAAAUAGAAAUUAGGGAGAAGGAUCAGUCGAAGAAGAACAACUUAUUACUACAAGAGAAGACGCAGGAACUGCAAAGGUUCAAAGAACUCCUUCUGGAGAAGGAUAUAACUUUGGAGACUCUUCAGACGCGCAAUAUCGAAAUUGAAAACGAGAAUAAGCAACUGUAUGACUUCAAGACGAAGGUUCAUGUGUACGAGCAAGAAAUAGCAAAAUUCGAGGAUGAAGUUCUACGAUUGACGGAUGGUCUGUACAAUAGGGACCAAGUGAUUCGCAAGCUGGAAGAGAUGGCAAGACGAACGAGCGAUAGUCACUCGAGUGCGUCGUCGUCAUUAUCUCACAGUAACAAAGACCAAGAGAUUCAUCACUUGCAGGAGUUCUUAAAAGAGAAGGACAAGGUGAUCAGGCAGAUGAGCGACGAUAGCAAAAGCCUGCACCGAGCGUUGGAGACGAUUCAGACUAAGAUGAAGGAAUCGGGUAAUGUCGUAGAGCUAAGAAAGAAGCUAAAGGACGAACGCAGAUUGAACGCAGAGCUGAAGGAUGUGGUGCAGCGACUGCAGAAAGAAUUGGAGGACCUGAGGGAUGCGUUUGUGCAACGUUCGCAGGACGACAGUGAUAUCGAAGAUAUGGUCCAGCGAGAAUUGAAUCUCUCUGCGCGAUUGGACAAGCAACUUAUGCAGGUUAUCAAAGACGAUGUUGAAGAAGCGGGAGGACCAUCGGAAGAACAUAAGUCGAAUCAAAUAUAUAAGGACAACGAAGCACUGAGGAGAUUGAAGGACGAAUUAGAAGUCGAACGAGACAUAAUGAAACAUCAAAUUGUUGAGUAUGAGGAUCGUAUUCUAGAAUUGAAGGCAAAUCUAGCGGAGGAGACGAAGAAAGUGGCCAAGCUGAACAAAGACUUGACAAUAGAGAAGAAUACGGUGCAGUUUCUGAGGAUGCAAAUCGAUGAGCACCGCCGAGUGACGGAAGCGGGACGUGUUCAGGACACUGAAUUGAUCGAGUUUCUGCAAACCAAACUGAAAGCCUCUCUAGAAAAUGAGGAGAAACUUUGCAAUGAUUUAACGUUGAUGAAUCAGCAGCAUAUUAAUCUGGAUUCACAAUUGACAUCUAUGAGGAAGUUGAUAGAAGUGGGAAAUGUCAACAAAACUUCGCCGAAAUUCGCCGCGACUGUCCAAAAUGAACUACAAAGUGCAAGCGCAGAAGAGAAGAGUCGCGACAAUAAUAUGGAGCUGCGAGAAAAUAUAAAGAGAUUGGAAAUUGAGAUGAGUCGAUACGAGAAGCGGCUAGAGAUCGCGACGGAAGAGCGGGAAAGAUUGAUCAGCAGCUUGGCGUUGGCUAACGGAAUCAAAGAAAUCCUGGAGGCGGACCUGCGAAGAACUACAGAGGAAUUAAAGACUCGAGAAAAACAAUGCGACUAUAUGCAGAAGCAGAUACAGAUGUUGACCGAGGUCGAAAAUAAAAAACAGGAACAACGUGGCGUCGAGAUAAGCGAGAUCAAAGGACUUCGCAGAGAAGUCAAUAUCGCUCGAGAGACUAUGGUAGAUUUGGAGACUGAUAUCAAGCUCGCUAAGCAGGAGCUGAGGGAAACAUCGGAGCGGGAGCUGAAGCUCGCGCAUAUAGUGGAGUCCUUGAAGGAGCGAGAAGCAGAGCUCAAUACUAAACUAGCGCUCUCAAAGGAGAGGGAGAGAAAACUGAUGGAAUUGAUCGAAGAUCAGCAGACAAAAUUGAGUCUCAACAAAGAGGAGGAUAUCAGAGAUCUGAGGAGCAAGCUGUCGGACGCGAAGGACAUUCCCGCGAGCUUUGCGCGGCAAAUUAAAGAGCUGAGAGAGAAAGCUGAGAAGUACGCUACCGAGAGGAAUAAUUUCCAAGAUAAACUCGAUAAAAUGAGAGAAGACAAGGAAUCGUUGAUGCAGCGUACAAAAAUGCUUGAAGGACAGAUAAAGAAAUUGAAGAAUCAGCCGGCUUUGAAUCAGCAAUCGGUUUCUAUCGAAAGGUUGCAAAAUUUCUACGGUAAGUAUCUACGAGUGGAGAGCAGGCGAAAGGCAUUGGCCUUUCAGAAGAAGUACUUGCUGUGUAUAAUUGGUAGUUACCAGUAUUGUGCAGAGAACACGUUAUACGUUCUCGCACAAUUGACUCAAGAUCAACGCUCGUACACGCGACUGCCGCACGGAAAGGUGCGCCUUAAGAUCAUUAUAUUAGUGGUAAUUAGUACACUUAGGAUGAAGUGGCUGAUCCAACGGCGGCGAACAGGGAAACGCGUGGGUGCUAACGCUCUCAUGGGUUGUAUCGACCAAUUAAUCGAUUUACCGCCUACCAUAAAGUCGGUGUCUAAUCAUUCUCCACCCGUCAGGGAAAGAACGACGGCGAAUGGAGGUAACGAACUAAGUGGCUUUACGGUUGAACAGUAUUACCAACAAGUAAAAAACUUCCAACAGACAGUCGAAUCAGCUAUAGCAGAGUCUGGAACUAGUCACAUUAUCUCAGAAUAACAUUAUAUGUAUAUUUUUAGUACAUCUAGAAAUUUACCUGUACAGUGUUAGCGUUACAUGUAAUUGUUGAAAUGGUGCGUUAUAGAGGUCGUGUUUUUUAAAUAGAUGUGUUCACUAGGAUCUUGAAAUCUUCGAAUUUUUAGAUUAUUGAACAAAAUGUCAAUUUUUUGAAUUUGAAAUUUUGAGGAAAUUAUUAGAAGUACUAAUUUGCGUGAAGAAAAGUUUUUAUACCAAUUAUACUAUUAACAUUUUUAAGAAAUUGUUAAAGAGAAUCUUCACUUAGUGUUCUUUGUUUCAAGAUCUCUAAGUGUAGAUUUCUUUAUCGCUUGCUGCACUAUUUUCUUCCACUUCUUUAAGAAACACGUCCUAUAUUUUGCACUAAACUGCAGUCGUUGAUAAUCGAUCUGCAUGGGAUUUCUAUUUCCGUUCGACUGCACGGUUUACAUCGCACCGAUUAAUCGUUAAUACUUGAUAAAGGAAUGUAAAUUCCGUCAGGUCGACCGGAAGUAAUCGAAACUGGGCAUUUACACAAAUUCUGUAAUAGACUGUCGAUUUUAUAUUUUUUUAACUGGAAUCAUGAUAUCUUUCUCUCAUUGAUUACGGUGGUAGAAUUUCGACGUGUUAUCGAUAAAUUUAUAAGAAACCAGGCAUCGUUAAUGAAUGAGGAAGGAUGUUUGCAUGUAAAGUAAGGUUUUAGGGUUACCAGAUAUACAUGAGAGAGGCUUUUAUCAGUUAUUGGCGAAAGAGAAGCAAUUUCUGCGAAAAUCACAACGUUAAACGUUGCGUUUUCAUUUACGAUAAUGUGUGGAUUAUAUUACUAUAGGUUAUAAGUGAACCCUGCGUGCCUUGUACGCCAUAAAAGCGCGUCCAUUAUUUAUUUACCAACGGAUUGUAAUAAGCUUUUUAUAUAUCGCGAGUUGCAUGCAAUGUGAAAACUUUUUCUGAAAUCUGUAAUAAAGAGAGUCAAUCUUUUAAUACAAUGUA